GAGGGUAACCAGCGCCAUACUACGGCGCACUAGAACUAGCGCACUCCAGCAGAUUCCGCCGCGAUUUCGUCUGCAGCAGCAGCAGCAGACGAACAAGCCAGCGCAGAGAGAUCGCAUAGGAGAACACCGAGGUCACGUGCCGCCACCUGGCGGCAGCGGCGACGAGCGCGCGCGCGCGCCCGUCGUCGUAGUCUGCGACGGGCCCGCCGGCAAAUCGAUCGGGGCCAGGCGGGCGCCAGCCAGAAUGGCGACGUCUAGAUCCCGCCGCCGGCCAGCGGCGGCGACUACGACGCGCAGGUAAGGGGAGAGCGUCGGGGUUCCGCGGGGCGGUUUGGUGGUGCCCGGACCCGUCUGCAACGACGGCUGCCUCAGGCCAUGGCGGCCACGCCAACCACCACCAGCUGCUGGGGAUGCUUCCGAUGGCGCCAGCUGCAGCAGGAGCGCAGUUCGCGAGAGUCUACCCUCAGCUUCCGUCCCAGCCACGGUGUCUCGUACAAUCACCGCCACCCGCAGCAGCAGCACGGACAGGGCCCUCAGCUCGGGGGCGACUUCCAGCCCAGGGGCCACCGCCCGUUCCCGGAGCGCCCCCAGCUGGAGCAGCCCACGAGCCAGGCGCCGGGCCCCAGCAGCCAGGCGGGGUCCGUGCACAGGUUGUCCUUCCCUCCCAGUGGCAUCGAGAGGCACCUGGCACGCUUGCACAGUACGGCGAGCACAGACAACAGGAAGUCGUUUCCUCCGUGCCAGGUGUCUGACACGGACUCCGGUCUCGGCCGUACCAUCACCGCCGAGACGAGCGAAGAAAGCUUCGCCGGAGCCGUCGCCGCUCCCCAGGCGCCGCCACCUCAGCCUCACCGUCUGUGUGGGGGUAACGUCUGCAACGGCAUCUACCGGGCGAGUGCCGCGGCGGCGCACGAUCCCGGAGGCGCUACCAGCGCCACUCUCGGAGGCGGUCCGGACGCUGUCCUGGACGACGGCCUGGCGCACGAGAUGGCGCUUCUGCGCGUCGAGCUCGAGAUCGUGCGAUGGGAGUGCGAGAGCAUCAUCCGCCAGAAGAGGCGCCGCGACCAGGACCUGCUGGGUUCGUGGUCCAGGCGCCGCCGCGUCCUGGACUGGAUGCAGCGACACGACAGCAGCGACACCUCGUACGACCCUUCGACGCUCUCCUCCAACUCCGAAGACCGCCGCGAGGCGAGCCCGAGUCCGACGUCGUCCGUCGAAGCCCUCUGCAGCAGGACUCCGCCGCCGUCCUGCCUGGGCGGAGCCGCGGAGUCGCCCGUGAUCCAGCAGCACAUCUAUGAGUCCGUGGCCAGGAGCCCGUCGCCCCUGACAGUGGUGACGUCGUCGCCCCACGUGCGCUCUCAGAGCAUGACACUGAGCAACAACACGACGCCGAGCGGCCCGACGGGUCGCGUCCUGUCGCCGGAGCACAAGAGGUGUUCGUCGGCGAGUCCUGUGCGUCGGAAACUGCAGGCCGCCGCACCACUGCCGGCCGUGCUGAGUCCCGUGCGAACUUACCGGUUCUCGUGCACCAUCAACGAGUCGCCGCAGACUCCAGCGGCAGCGGCUCGGAGCAGCGCGCGGUCGCCCAGCUGCUCUCCCGUCAGACACAGUGCGGCCUUCAGACCCCGGUGCAGCUCGAACCCGGUGCCGCACGCUGUGACGCCGGCCGUCAUUCCGAUGGCCACGUCUCGGACGGCGGGCCAGAUCAGCGACCUGUACAGGCGCCAGGAACACACCACCUCCUGUUUCCCGACCCAGAGCAUCCCGGAGAGCCCGCUGGCGCUUCACAGCACUAGUUCCAGUCCGAUACCGGUCGUGACCUAUAGCGACCGCUCGCCGGCGGCGUCUCCCGUGAGGUUCCAGCACGAAACUGGAGGGAGUCCAUCCCUCGCAUCGCCCUGUGGGGGUGCGUCCCGGCAGUCAAGACCUUCAGUCAGCGAGGACAAGCCUCGGCGGUGGUUCGACAGCAUCCUGCAGCAGCAGGACGCUUCCGGCUACCAGGUCCACGAACCCGCGCAGCUAUGCUCCUUCUACAGCCCUCAGAGGCAAAGCGCCAAGUCCGGCAGCAGGCUUCAACCUGUCUUCGAGGCCGAGUGCUACGGUGACAGGGGUGCUAGGGGAGGAGGCAUCCUCGACUUGGACCUCGAGUUCGUCACCAAGGAGUACGAGAUCUUUCCCGGCGACGACAACGCUUGCCGGAACGACGUCGGCGCGGCUCAGAGGGCGAAGAAGACGCGUCGCCAGCUGCGGAAGGAGCGCGCCCAGCAGAUCGCCGCCCGCACCAGGGCGGACACGACCACGUCCACGGACUCGGACGCCACUCUGAAGCACCACCACAGCAGCUGCCACGCUUGUGCCCGGAGCCGGAGAAAGGGCGGAGGUGCCGGCUUGCCUCAGUCGUCGCACAGGUCGUCGCCGUCCAAGCAGGAGGCGGCCGUGCACCACGGUCGCAGGCCGGUGCAGAUGACGCAUCGUGAUGGAGCCUCUGCCGCCUCUGCCGCCACCACCGACUACAUGCUCUGAGUCGCGGCCGUUGUUUAGACUAUAUGUACGCACUCUCGCCUCGCUAAUUCCGGGCUCUGCUGUUUCUGCAAGCUGAAGGUGGACCGUGCUGAAGAAAUGUGGAUCUGUUCUCAGCUUUCAGUCGUCGUUCCCCAGUGUAAGGUAGCCAAUGGCCAAUGGGGCUAAGCCUGGUUAACUUCCCUGCACUUUCCCUUAUCACUUCACUCUAUCUCUAGCUCUGUCUCUCUCACACGAACUAAGUAAUAUAUUACAGUCGUGUCAGGGUAAAUACCACGUGAUAGAACAUGUACCAACACAAUUGAAUUGGACCCAUGCGAUGGAUAUUGGCAUCGCGAACUCUUGAUACCUGUGUCCAGUAUUCGUUUGUGCUUACUGGCUCGUUAAAAUGUGCUGGUUAGCUAUGUUUCACAGUCCAAGCAAGCAAGUAGAUCGUGUAACUGCGGCAUUCAAGGAUACAUCGUUUAAAUUAUGGAAGGAACAAAAAGAAAAACGGCAGGAAAGACGACACCAUCACUUACAGCGCGUACAUAGACGGAGGACAAAAAAGGACGACGUAGACAAGCACCAUGGAAUACCAACUAGCCCGUACUCAAACCUUGCUUCAGGAAAGACGAAAUAUGAGAAAAAUAGGUGAGAAGGGGGUCGCGUGUUAACGAAAAAAAAAUGAUGAGAGGACAAUGAAUGUUCAUUACACUGGAACAACGCAGCUUUGCUGAAAUUAUCAUCCUUUCAUUCGAAAGGAUUUUGCUUUCCUCGCAUCGCUUAACAAAGUGAACAAGAAACGGUGCUUGCCAAACUUAUAUCCAGCUUGGAAAUAAGAAUCGCGGUUGAACAUGAAACUAACAUACCAUGUUUAACUGUGGAGCCGAAUUGAAAGGCUUCACCAAACAGACGUAGGAGGCAUGUAGAGAGAGAGAGAGAGAGAGAGAGAGAGAGAGAGAGAGAGGUAAAGACGAACUCUUCAGAGCCAAUCUUCGCACCCGCCCGUAUUUCGUCUUGUUCACCGAGCUAUAUCCCAAAAUUUUCUUGCAGCUUUGACCACGGGUCCCAAUUUGCUCCAUACACAAAUGUGAAAUGCGCGGUUAGGAGAUAUGGUGAGAAUCUUGACGGCACAGGCUGCGACGAAAUACAUUAUAAGUUGGACUGGGCCUUCGAGCGCUCCUGAUUGAUUCAGCCACAACUUCAACUUGCAUAAUGGUGCACGGAAUCAGCAAGGCGGAGCAUAAGCAUUCCGCUAGUCUUCUAUAUAGGGACCACCGUCUGUUCGAAACAGCCUCUUUACGAGGGCUGAUGUUAAUUGCUUGCACUUCACUUCGUCUUUAUGUAUACGUUGUGUUCGACUCAGUGCACGCUACUAUUGAACGCAUCGACCUGUUAGCCCCGGGUUGAGGAGAGAGAGAGAAAAAACGAAGUUUGCGUGAGCACGUCAGGUUGUCUUGUCGACCAUAAACUCAGCUCCUGAAAGUCUCAGCUCCUGAAAAGAAAAUGCAGCACUGCGUUUACAAGUACGUUCCGACUACGCCACACGUGGUCUUUCGCUCCUUGCCUACAAAACCCUGCAACUGCACAUUUGAGGCUGGCCAAUGCGGCGAUUUGGAAACGAUGCGAUCCAACCUCCUAUUUGCGCCAGUAAGGAGAAAGUCCGCACACGCGCUCUGCUCUCUUUGAUGUGCGUGCGGCCUUAGUUGUUGGCCUCGCUGGAAAUACACGCGAUGUGAAGUUCCAAUUGAGUGGCCGGUCAGUAAUCGUGAGCACGUAUUCUCGGUGUUCUCAAGACGAAGAACACAAAGACGGCCUCUCUAGCCACGCGCGCCAUAUGGAGGAUGUAUCGAAAGCGAAUACGCGAAUUAACCAUUCGGCACUGUUCUUACCACUAUUCCAGUGUUUCGUGUUUAUAGAAGGUGCAGAAAAAUUUCAAGUUUCGACCAUUGGUCCCCAAUCCUAAGCCACGCCACAUUGCGUGCGUUGUGCUGUACAAUCGCCGCUAAAUUGUUGGGCCUUCUUCCGCAGAAAUUUAUUUCGACAGUCCGCAGAGAGUCUAUGAAUGUUUUCCCGCUGAGCCAUGAAUUUAUAUAGACUGUCUUUACGGUUAUGACGUCCCACAUUUCGUCGUUCGUGGGCUCCCUAAAGGCUACCAUUCUGGAAGUGUAUGGAUCUCAAUUGGAAGAAGUGAACUGGAGAUAAUGUUCUUUUUUGUCUUCAGAAUAUCCGCAUUCGUAAGGUCCAAAGGACCUUACAACUGAGAAGGCAAAACAGUCAACUUGAAGUUUAAAGGCAAUCUAUAGACUAUCAAAAUCACUUUGCAAUGAAGUUGUCACAGCAGAGUGCGGCUAUCUCCCCAGCAAUAUAGUGACUAGAGCUGUCCAUGCCACCUGGACCUCGUGCAGCCGGAAGUUUCUGUCACAGGAAAAAUUAAUCCGGCAUGGGAUAUGAAUAAUCCAUCAUAAAAACUAUUUGGACAGUUUAUAGAAAGUGCGCAGACCUUCUUUUGCGAAGGCCAUGCUAUUGAUUGUCUAUAGGCAGCCUAUGGACUUAAGUCCUUACAGUUCCUAUCGACACGUUUCUAUGACUUGCAGCAGACAACCUGCUGGGAGGUCUGUGGACCCGAACGGAACUAGACUUGUGAACUUCUCUAUAGACAGUUAAUGUACUUUAUGUAGCCAAAAUGACAACUCUAUUGGAAGGCAAAGAUGUCUAUAGGCAGUCUACAGAGUGUUAAAUCAACUUUGAUGAUAAACCUGGCCGUAUCGAGUCGGCUACAUGAAUGCGCACCUCCUAGAAAGUGAGCUUAUUGCAGCGGCUUCUAAUGGCCUGCAGCGCAAUCUACGUUACUUCACUGCCGAACGCUUUCAAAAUCGAAGCGAUAACUCAUGACACAUCAGGGCCGCAGCGUGACGCGAAAACAUUACACAUGCUGUUAACCCGAAUCGUUGAAAAGUACCUCAGAGCAGUGCCUUCCGGAGGGCUGCUGGUGCAUCAUCGCACGAUCCUUGGCGACGAGUUGCCAGAAAUGGUCCGCGUUCCGUUCACAGUACAAAAAGCAUCGGUUUGCAUGGUUCUCUUCCAUGCGAGCUGAAAUCGACACAGAAGCUUUAAGGCAGCCCAGCCCACGCUAGUAAUAAUUACGUCUUCUGUUGUGUUCCCACGGAAUCCUGGACUUCUGUUUUGAGCCCCGAUAUGGGCUUGAAGUUCACCCUAACAGCUGUACUGGGAAACGCAAACGUACGGCAACAACAAACUUAAUGAUCGUUAUGAAAAGCAUUCAUUAUGUCCAUACCUGAACAUGUAGCUAUGGUCUCUGACCACCUAGCAAGGCCUGCUGGACUGAGGCUGUCUUGACCACUUUAUGUGGCUUUCAGCGACCACUCUCACAAUCACGUGCACUGAGGCGACGAGGAACCGAACUGUCCUGCGUCCCAAACUCGGUGCUUGAAUAAUGCUACUCAGUGCACUUAGUCACGUCACGUCACUGCGAUAAUGGUCGUCAUCACAAAGUACAUGGGCCCCCUGUACACGUUUGUUCUUCUGACGAACCUCGAAACGUGAACUGCCUGCAACACGCCUCGCUGUGUGUCCAGGUGGUGUGAGCAAAGCAGGGCUUCAAACUUCUGGUGAAAACUGUACCAAACGGAGCGAGUGCCUGCUUGAUCAUCUACCCUCGUUCCAAGCAGCCCCACAAAACUGCUUCUAUCUCUCUCUCUAAGUAUAGCGUUCCCUUAGUACAAUGAACGUCAUGAAAUCUACUCGCGCGUCAAGAAAUCUUACUUCACACGUUGGCUCAUGUUUUGUCGAUUGCUGAUGGUGCAUGCUUGCUCUUUUUCUUUUUACUCGAAUCACACUGCUGCCUCUACAAGUGACCCGCUAUAUUCUGCUGCCGCUUUGCUGUUUGAAUACGUCGCUGUUGAAUUUUUUACUAGUCGUGCCGACUUACUUGUCUUUCUUUCUCACCGUUGUGUAAACAAGUCGGGUGCUGUUGACGACGAGAUAUCUGUUCAUUUUUUUUGUCUCAUCCAUGUUCAGUGUCGGUGUUCGUGGCCACCAGGUGUUUUACGUGCCUUACUCUUGGCACACCAGACGGCGUGGUUCUUGGGUUGGGAUGUCCGUUGUUGAGCGAAAUAACCCGACACGAUAUACAGGCGGUUUGUGGGGACGAACAGGUGCUUUCUUCACGUGGCACAAACCUCGCGCUGUCCGCAAACCAGAACCCUCGAAUUUGUUCCUUCGUAGAACUGCCAGUGUCCGGAGUGUUCGAAGUAUUUGGGAUGUAUGUCAAGUCGAUUUCUUUUUCCGAUUUUUUUUUGCACUGUAGGGAGUGUACGUUUGAUUGCUUCGAACAAUCGGGUGCUCAGGGACGAGUCGUGUUGUGCUAGGUUGCGCAUGCGCAGUCUCUAUGACGCACUGAAUUGUGCGCGGCCCAUGGGCGAUGCGUGGCAGAGAAGAAUUAAGGCUCGGAGAAUGGAACAAAGAGUGUAAAGACUCGGGACGUGAUGCGAAGAUCAAGAAAGGUUGCCUCAAAAUAUAUUAUUUCUCUCUUUCCUUCUUGCCACAGCUCUGCAGUGUAUUAGCUUCUAGAAUGGCCUACGAGAUCGGGAUGCGUGUGCGGUGCACAGCGUGCACCGUCUGAUUUCGGAGGCCCUGUUUUCAGCAUAGGAUUUCAUAUUGCCAACACUAGUGGUAAAUCUGGGUCUUUUUUGUCUGCGUGUGCAACCGAUACGGUUGUUCGGUCACUAUGGGAACGAUGGAAAGCGAAUGAAUUUGCCUAUGCUUCUUCAAACUGGCUUCGAACAAUGUCGUGAAAAUUUACACUCGGGUCCUUGAGGCUAAUUUUGAUGGCGAAUCCAACGCGUGGAACAAAUUAGUCUUACUUAUUCCCACGUGUCCGCAUCUCGGUGGUUAUCAGAGCGCUACAAGAAUAGUAGUUUUGAACACAUCAAAACAUAUUCACUUAUGGCAAAUGCUACUUGCCUGACAUCAUUCAGAUUAACGACACACAUGCUCACAAGCGUCCUGGCUGAUUUAAGCCGGUCAAAUUACACAACGAAGUAGACUAAUUGAGAAUGCAAAACUAUUAAAUUCUAGAAGGAUUCCUUUGAUACUCGUUGUGAAGCUAGCGAUGAACACAAGGGAACCACAAAGACAACAAGAUAAGCUGCAGUGUGCUAUGUAAACAAAUCCGUGCCAAAUCGUAGCAGAAUCCAUUCGCUACCCGCAAUACCCGGGGUGACUGAAGGAUUGCAGCCCCGGAUUUCCCGCUAGGGGUCAUAAUACGAAGCGCGGUGUUAUUUGGCGCAGGGUUUCCAACGCAGUUUAUCGUGAAUGAAGCAUAACACGUGAGAAGUGAAAUACGUGACAGCGUAAGAAUUGUGUUGAAUCUCUUUAGGCGUUAAGCUGCAGCUUAUCGAGCUCUGCGCAGUUUUACAGCCCAGUGCAUUCGCGAGGCCUCUUACCAUGGCGCGUUCCUGAAUCACCACGCUGUGGUACAGCCGAGGCGACACGUAACGUGAAGGCGUGAGUCAUGUCGAGAGAAACGCGCGAAGUUUACUGUCGAGGUUUGCGAAGCAGGGUCACGUGCACCUGCGCGAUCAAAUGAAAAAAAAAAACAAUAUAAAAAAACAAACGAACCAGGAAUUAACCAUUGCUUAUAACGAGGAAGCCGUUUUUUCCCCACAGGAACCGAUCGCAGUCAGAAUAUUACAGAAUCCCUGCGAAGAUGCACGGAAGCGCUCUCUCUCAACCAGACUGGAGAGCAGUGCAAUUGUGCAACCCAGAGCAUCGCACGAGUGCAUUUCUUGCAUUCUAUGCGAUUUUCAACAAUGCAACGGCGUCUCUUCGCUGUUUAAAAGGGGCAUGGGUACCUAUUCCAUAGCAUGCUGCGAGGAACAAUUGAAAGUUGUUAUUAGCUUCGUGGAUGAGACUGAAGAAGGAAAAGGAGUGCACGACAUUGCUGAAGAAGUUGGGCGAAGAAAGAGCGCCUUGUUUUUUUGCCCAAGUGUGUACCAACCGACCCUGAAGAAGUGUUCAUCUUUCACGAUACCUAGCAAUAACAAUGUCACUCGCUUUGGAUAGGUCCGUGUAUAUCAAGAUAUCAUCGGGCAGUUGACGGAAUGUUAGUACACUGAGGUGCCUGGUCACUGUGUUUGGCUAAAGGGGCAGCGCAAGACGCUACUGAUAAGGAAAGAAAAGGCUGCGGCUUUAAUGCAGUCGGCCUGCACACAGAUCAGUGAAAGGUCCGCUCUUAGUGAAUGCUGUUUGUUUAUCGCAUUUUCAUGCAAUCUUUUCGACCGUGGGUCAUUUUUGGACUAACAUUGUCGAUGCGAAAUUGGUUGCUUAUCGCAGCGCAACAAAAGCGCUGACGUACUCUGUCUUUGAUGUCGGGCAUAAAGAACUGAGUUGAACCGAAAUGAAUAGUGUUAUACGUUAAAACUGCUGAACAUUGAUCCAAGAGUGUUAUAAAUACACACCAUUUAUGAUAUAAAGGUACUGCCUAGGUAGCUGUACCUUCGCUAUUAAUUUGUACACCAAAGAAUGUUAGUAAACGCUUGCUGGCACAAGUACAAUUUAAAACAAACUACAUGAAGUGUCAUCAAUCUAUGUAGAGUCACAAUGUACAAUUUUGUGUGUGUAUGUUUGAGACUUCUUACGCAGUUACUUUUUGUUUUCUGUUGUUUAUGUUGGUUAAGGCGGGAACACAGUGUUGAAAUGCUUUUUUGAAGAAAGCCAAACGUAAACGGAUGCAUGUCAAAGACUUCCCUGCUAUACUGCUUAUGAAUGGUUUUACAAGUAAGCGAGGAGUGACGGUAGCUUGAGAGCACACAGUUUGUUUGGAAAAUAAGCCAGCGUGAGUGGACCUGUAUCAACGCAAAGUAAUAAAAAGAAAGCAUUUUGAAGUUUUCACUUUA